ACCAUCCAUAUCCACAUCUUAUAAAAAUAAUUCGAGAACUUGAAGGUGAAAUAGAAAUUCGCAAAGCGAUUGCGGGUAAAGCUUGGUCAAUAAUUAAUGAUAGCUUCAAUGCUCCAAUUUCACUCUUUUACAAACCUAGCAUAAUUGCAAGCGCUGCGAUUUUCAUUGCAUCAAAGGUAGCUAAUGUUCAAUUAAAUGAGAUAACUAAACAAGGGACUUUAUGGUGGAGGGUUGCUCAGAUCGAUGUUUACGAAGUAUCAGAGGCAGUAGAUGAAAUAUUACGUCUUUAUCAGAUUCGUAAACCGAAACUGGUCAAAAAAAAGAACGGUGAAUCAAAACAUCCUCUUGAGGAUGCUGAAAUUGUUGUAGAAAAUCCUUAUGAGGAUCUUUCAGAGAAUUGUACACCACAGAUAGGGCAGCAAAGUCAAAGUCCUGAUGUACAAAUUGAAGAAACUCCUAAUAAUGAAACACCGACAGAACAUGAUGAUGAGAUGGAAGAUGGCCAAAUUUUAGAUGAAGUAACAAUUAAUGGAACAGAUCAGCACAUGGGAAAUGCGGAACCAAACGGGAACACAGGGAUGAUCUUGGAUUCCAAUGACGAAGAUCAACCUUUAAACUGA